GACAUGAAGAUAUUUGCUUAGCAAAAUGGUGGUUAGUGUAUUGUAAUAAGUUCCUCAAAAGCUCUUUAUUAUACUACAAUACAUUGUAGGAAAUAACCGGCUCCAAUUGAUUUAUGUUUUUAUAGAGAAACUGAUAAUUGUAGUUGCAGUUUUUAUAACUGAAUGUAAGUUUAUUUUAUUUAACAAGGACACACCUGAACCUUUAAUCCAUAUUUCUAAUAAUGCGUGGAAGACCAGGAGGAAAAAGAUCUCGAAGUAGGGAUCGCCGCAGAUCGCGUAGUCGUGACAGAGGCUAUGGAGGAAGUGGUGGUGGCGGUGGCGGUGGUAGAAGAAAUGCCGCUGGUUCAAUGCUUCGUAAACCUAGAUGGGAUUUGAGCAGAUUAGAACCCUUUAAAAAGGAUUUUUAUGUAGCUCAACCCUCUGUUCAGUAUAGGCCUCAGUAUGAUUUAGAUGAAUGGAGAAGAAAACAAGAAAUAUCUCUUAAAGGAAAAAAUAUCCCCAACCCUGUUAUGACAUUUGAAGAAGCUGGCUUUCCAGAAUACGUUUUAGAGGAACUAAAGAAGAUGAAUUUCAAAAAUCCCACUGCUAUUCAAGCGCAAGGCUGGCCAAUAGCAUUAUCAGGAAGGGAUAUGGUUGGGAUUGCUUCUACAGGAUCUGGAAAAACUUUGAGUUACAUUUUGCCUGCCAUUGUACACAUAAACCAUCAAUCUCGAUUAAUGAGAGGAGAUGGUCCUAUUGCAUUGAUCUUAGCUCCAACUAGAGAGCUUGCGCAACAAAUACAACAGGUGGCUGCUGAUUUUGGUCAAACUUCACGAAUUCGCAAUACAUGUGUUUUUGGUGGAGCCCCCAAAGGUCCUCAAGCUAAUGAUUUAAUGGAUGGAGUUGAAAUAGUUAUUGCAACUCCAGGUCGUCUCAUUGACUUCCUAGAAAGCAAUAGAACCAACUUGAAAAGAUGCACUUAUCUAGUUCUAGACGAAGCAGAUAGAAUGUUGGAUAUGGGAUUUGAACCCCAAAUUAGGAAAAUUAUUGAACAGAUAAGACCUGAUAGACAGACUUUAAUGUGGUCUGCCACAUGGCCAAAGGAAGUGCAGAAUUUAGCACAGGAAUUUCUAAAAGACUAUAUUCAAAUUAACGUUGGAUCCUUACAGUUAUCUGCUAAUCAUAACAUUCUACAAAUUAUUGAUGUUUGCCAAGAACAUGAAAAAGAGAGCAAGCUGAGUACCUUACUUAAAGAAAUUAUGGCAGAGAAGGAAAACAAGACUAUUAUUUUUAUUGAAACUAAAAGAAAAGUAGAUGAUAUUACAAGAAAGAUGAAAAGAGACGGUUGGCCAGCAGUAUGCAUACAUGGAGAUAAGUCUCAACAAGAGAGGGAUUGGGUCUUACAAGAUUUCCGAACUGGAAAAGCUCCAAUAUUAGUUGCCACUGAUGUUGCAGCCAGAGGUUUAGAUGUCGAAGAUGUAAAAUUCGUAAUAAAUUUCGAUUAUCCAUCAAAUUCUGAGGAUUAUGUUCAUCGAAUAGGAAGAACUGGAAGAUCUCAAAAAACUGGUACAGCCUACACAUUUUUCACUCCUAGCAAUUACAACAAAGCUGCAGAUCUCGUUGCUGUUCUAAAAGAAGCGAAACAAGUCAUCAAUCCCAAACUACAAGAUAUGGCCGAAAGAGCUUACAAUUCGAACAAUUCUGGUAGAGGGCGAAGCAGAUGGGGUCGAAAUCCAAGAGUUCGCCGUUCUGUUUCACGAUCAAUAUCUAGGUCCAGAUCUAGGUCUAGAUCCAGAUCUAGAUCUCGAUCUCGUUCACCAAGACGCAUGAGGCGUGACAGGAGUCGUUCACGAGAUAGAAUUAGAAGAAGAAGAUCUGUAAGCAGAGAACGUUCACGAAGUCCGGUAAAAUCUCGAUCAAACGGAUCUAUAUCUCCGAGAUCUCUGUCACCUGAUACCUCUAGGCCACCACCCACACAUAACCGUCCCAUGUCUCCACAAAAUUUGCUUAAACCUCCGCCGCAAAUGUUACAACACCCGCCACCUAGUGUAACGCAAAAUCCUCCUAACGGCAUGUCACAACCACAAAUAACAUUGCAAGAAACUCCUUAUCAAUCCUCACCACCGCCUCAAAAUGCGUUUCAGAGUGUUUCAUCGCAAAGAUUACCGCCUCCACCUACUCCUUUAAGACAGCAAGCUCCAUCCAACCCUACACUCCCUCAACAGAGACCACCUUCUAAUCAAGCCCCUCCUCAUAUACAAGGAACAACUCUUCCACAAAGACCACCAGCUGUGCAACAAAGAUCAAUGCAGAUUCCUCCUAAUUUACAUAUACAAAAUUUACAACAACCUCCCCCGCCUCCACCUCAACAACCGCCACUUCCUCAAGGACCACCGUUACACCAACCGCCCCCUCAAAGUCAUUUAAUGCAGCAAGCUCCUCCCCCGCAAAGACCUGUUUUGACAUAUCAAAAUAUAACUCAUCAACCUCCUCCACAAUCUAAUCCUUUUGGUGGAUACCACAUUCCAAACGGUACAUUAUUUUUUAAUACACCACCUCCUCCACCACCUGCGCAGCGUAUGACUGGGAUGUAUUUCCAAUAUGCUCCUCCUCCUCCCGCGCCACGAUGAAAGUCCAAGGAUACUUGUAGUAAAUUAAUUACUUCGGUGUAUACUAGUUAAGAUUAUUUGGUUCUUAAUUUGUCACGAAAAUUUGUUACUGGUUAGUAAUAGAUUGGAAUUUAUUUUAAAUGCGCAAUUCAAUUACGGAUUUACCGAUUUCUUUAAAUAACUUGUUUAAAACUAACAUAUAUUAUAUCAAAUCAAAAUUAUUCGAGUGGCCUAGGUAUUUACUUAACGAAUCUGUAAAAUUAAUGUAUGUAAAAGGUUUAUUGGUUCAGUUUCUUUUUCUUCCAAGUGCCAUCUUCGUUGUCGAGGCUAGCAGUUGUAAUCAUAUAUUGGCGCAGAUAGUUGUGAUUCCUGUUCCCUGAUUGGUGGCCUUAAAGGUACCAGCGCAAAAUAUACAACUUUCUGUACUACUUCGUAGAGAGUCGAAAGAAGCUUUAGUAUAACGGGUUCUCACUUAUAACAAAGUGACAGUAUUACAUCAUAUUGUAAAAUUAUAUCCUACGCUAGUUCAUAGAGCUAUUAAGUAUUCGAAAUACUUAAGUCGUUGGAAAAAUAUAGUGUACAACACGUGUGGAAACUGAAUAAUUAUACGAUUAAGACUAGAUUAACCACGAGCCACUCUACACAGUAACUGCCAUUACGGUUUCAAAUAGGAGAUAUUGCCACGCGCAGUAUAAAAGCAGUUUGAAAUAGGAGGUAUUAGAAUACAAAGAUUAUGUACAUUUCUGAAUUUUUUAGCAUUUCGGUGCUAUUUCUAUUCGAUCUGCAAGAAAAUUUUACAGAUUAUGGUACAUUAGUCUCAUUUUCGCUUAAAAUGCAGAUAGGAGGUAUUAGUAGCUCACCGACGACGUGUGAUUCCAACAACUCUGAAAAUACUUUUCACUUUCUCAAACUUUUCACAACACAGAUUCACGAAAAUAAAAAAACUGCGUAGAACUUGUAUUACCACAAUCCGUAGACUAAAUGACCGUACCUAUAACAAAUCAUUAUCUGCGUUAUCCGGGAAUUCCCAACCCGAAAUAAUUCUUAGAAGAUGGGACACAGCAGGCGUGUCGGUGGCACCUCAUAGAUAAGAGUACGGUCACGGCAGGCGUAAGCAUUAAUUUUUACGGAAUAAUUCCUCCUUUCAGAUUUAUUCAGAAAAUAAUAGGUAUUUAAUUUUUUUGUAAAAAAUAUUUAUUCGUCCACCUCAAUGUAGUCGCUUUCAAAAUAAGCCUCAUUGAACACUGAACGGUUUAUUUUCUCUGCUUUUACGAAUAUAAUAUAGAAUUUUGUCAACCUGGGUCACUAAACAUGCGAACGUUUCUGAACGCUCAACGCGGAAAAUAAGAUACUCAUUCGAUUGUCACAAGUAUGAAACGUACUAGUUUCUGCACAUGUUAUACACUAAACUUUUUCGGCGACCUACAUGACGUAGUUAUUAAAUAAUAAUGUAGAUCAUCGAAAAAAUGUUUUUCAAUUUUUUUUUUGUUUGUUUAAAAAGAACAAAGUUAUUUAACGAGUACAAUAUUGUUUACUCGGAACUAUUUAUAUUUGAAUUUAUAAUUUUAUUUAAUAUCAAAAUUACUAUUUUUUUUUUUUGAAAAAAAACUUCAACAAUUGAAAUAACUUAGAGCAUAACUCGUUGUAUGAAUCAAAACCUUUUUGUCUUGUAUAAUUUAGGUAUAUACCUAAUUCUAGUUAGGUAGCUAUGUAUAUUGAGUAAAACAAUUUUUCAUUUGUCGUAAAUCUUACCGGUAUAUCAGGGUGUUAUGUUGGCAAUUUUUUCGUAGACGAAGUACUCUGAGAAGUACUGAACAUACUGUUUCCUCUACCACUUUAUCAACACUCACAAUUACACUAUCUGACGCGCGUUUUGACAACGUUAUUGUCUUCAGAGAUAAAUCUUUGGCAUGUCAGAUAGUAUAAUUGUGAGUGUUGGUGUGGUGGUAACGUAAACAGUAUGUUAAGUAUGAUUAUCACAAACGGUUACAGAAAUUCCAACCUAGUUCUGGGAUGUGUUUCCUCAAAACAGCCAUUGUUGCUCAUGCAGUAUGUGCCGUUAAAUUAUUGGAAUUAAUUGUCCUCCAAGCAAACUCAUAUAGUGGCGUAAAAAAAUUUUCUGUAACAUACUUGUUCGAAUUUACUAUCACUAUGACUUCAUUUUUAAACAAAACGAAUUAUUCGUCGUGAGAAAAUUGUACACCACUCUGUGACUUUCAAAUAAUGUUAAGUACUUUGAUGCAAUUUUCAAAAGGGUUGAUGUCGGCGUACAGUACAUAUUUUGUCGACGGUUACACACCAAUGAAAAUGAGUUCCAUGACUGCUUGGCAACAUCUCAACUGCAAAUGGAACUAAACUGUGAUGAUUAUUAUGCUUCUACCCCCUUUACAUAAACUUAUUGACUAUACUAUAUACUAUAUUCUAAUUUUACAAAGUUUCAACAGAUAUGAGGCUUACACAAAUAAUUUUGACUAAUCACAUACAUAUAUCAAUGUCUUCAUGUGUACGACUUGGGUAUAAUUAACUUAUUAUGGUAUGUUUUCAUUGAGGGCUACUGUGUUUGUACUUGCCACCAGAUACACUGUAGAGUGAGGUCGCCGAAAUAUGUACAAAAGCGAACUAAUCACAGCUUUAAGAAAGUUUUUUUUCAGCAACUUUUAUCUAAACAGUUUUUAAAUGAUGGGCUGGGUUUUUACAUUCGGUGUAUCUUACUUGGAGAAUUUAUUUAUUCAAUAAACUAUGCACUUAUUACUUGACACUUAUUUAAUUUAUGUAAAUUUACCAUUUGCUUACUACUUACUAUCCUGAUCUGUUCACUACGGUGCCUCUGGCAGCUUAACUAUCGCUUAUUUAUAUCUAAUGGUUUUCUAGAUAAUUGGGAUUUUAGAAUGCCGUAAAUAAACAAAAAUGUCUUCUUAGAAAUUGUUUAUAUAAAAUUAAUCACAACAGCUUAUGAAAACCAUACAAAGAAUUGCCUUCGUGUGGGAAAUAUACCCGGCGCAUCAGUUGAAUUCUAGAUGCUAAUAAUGUAAUAGAAUAGAACUGGUUUCACGAUCUACAUUAGUGAAAAUUAUUCAUAUUUUGGUAGCUAUAUUUCAAAACCUCACCGGCUGUUGGCGCUAAAUGGUGAACGUUAAAACGGUAGCCUUCAUUUUAAAUGGUUUAAAUAUCAAAUAGAAAUUAUGUUUAAAAAUUAUUUAUUCUACAUUUUGUAUUUUUUAUGUUGUAUUGUUCUAAAUACAAGAGAAUGUUGCAAUUAACUUUUGAAGAGUUGAUCUUUUUAUUUAAGGUUUACAUAGAAGUUACAUUUUGUAAAUAAGUAUUACCUAUAUAAGUUUAUAUGUUAACAGAUCUGAUUAAAAAUAUGACAAAAA